AUGAGUGACAGUCUUUGUCUCAACGACGGCUCCCUUGGACCUGGCGUCCGGGGAUGUCGUGGGGAUUUCGACUUUACGCAAAAGUUUGAACGUGUUUUUCUGCAGAUUAUUCCUGCUGCUGUUUUUGUGGCGGCUGCUUUUGCGCGUGUGGUUGUUCUAUCGCAGAGAUCUAGGAUUGUUGGGGGUCUUGUUUUGCAGUCACUCAAGGCCGUGAGAACUCACGGUAUUGUUCAUGACUUGUCACUGGCCGGUUCAUGCCUUACCUUUGUCGCUUCGCUGUUUGCCGUCGCGUUGUCGUAUACCGAACACUCAACUGCCCGACGACCGUCGACGUUACUCGCUGUUUACAUUCUCCUAACAUUGCUCUUCGACAUCGUGCAAGCUCGGACGGCAUGGCUCAUCAUCACCAACUCGCAUCAAACCAUCCAAGCGCGCCUCUUUACCGCGUCCAUCGUCGUCAAACUUGUGGUGCUGUGCCUUGAAACCAUCCCAAAGACAAGAUGGAUUCACUGGAAUGCGGAUGAACACAGCCCGGAAGAAUCGAGCAGUGUGCUUAGUCUAGGUGUUUAUGCUUGGUUGAACAAGCUAUUCUUGCGAGGAUAUCGCGAUGUCAUGGACAUUGACGACCUAUACCCCCUUGACGAGGGUAUGGCUGCUGGAAAGCUUUACAGCCGGUUCUCAAACAAGAUUCGGGCUCACAAGUACCCCAAUGAGCCCAACUCGGGCUUAUUAAAAGACCUGUGUAGAACACUCACAGGCCCGUUCCUCUACCCCGUCGCUCCUCGAAUCGCCCUCAUCGCCUUUAAAUUCUGUCAACCUUUCUUCAUCGACGCAACCCUCGAGUUCCUCCAACUACCUGAGACACCUUCAACAAACAACAUCGGCUACGGCUUGAUCGGCGCCGUCUUUCUCCUCUACUCCGGCAUCGCCCUCUCAUAUGCCUUUUACGGGUACUACAGACAAAAGGCACUCACCAUGAUUCGAGGUUGUCUUUGUGCUGUGGUAUAUCGCAAGACUACAGAGAUGAAGUUGACUUCGGCUGAUGACUCUGCUGCCUUGACCCUCAUGAGCACUGAUAUUGAUCGAGUGCUUCACGGCGCUGAGGCGGCUCAUGAGCUUUGGGCCAACACGAUUGAGGUUUCUGUCGGAUGCUGGCUUUUAUACAACAAGGUCGGAGUGGCUUUCGUCUCGCCUCUCGUCAUCAUAAUCAUCUGUGGCGCUAUACUCGGAUGGAUUCUGGCUCUUGUCGGCAAAAGACAGAACGAGUGGAUGCAACGGAUCCAGAACAGAGUCGGGCUCACAGCCAACGCCAUAUCCCACAUGAAGCUCUACAAGAUCUCGGGCAUAACCGGUCCAGUAGCAGAUCUGAUCCAGAGCCUGCGCGUGGGUGAGCUCAAGGUCGGCAAUAGCUUCCGUCUGCUAAUGAUCCUCGCCGCCGUCUUGGGUUUCGCACCUCUCGCCCUGUCGCCCGUCGUCACGCUCGCGUUUACGUCUGCGUCCCUCGGCGUCAGCACUAUUUUUACUUCUCUAUCUUACAUUAUCCUUCUGAGCUCGCCGUUGAUCAACAUGUUCCAGAAUCUUCCUCGGGUCCUUGCUGGCUUGACUUGUACGACGAGGAUUCAAAAGUUUCUUGUCGAGGAGUCUCGGACUGACUUUCGCAAUCGACAUGAUCUUCAUUCCACUUCGUCCAGCUCGGAAAAGACUCAAGAUGAGUCGGAGGGUUCUGCCCUGGCUUUUUCUGUCGAGAACGGGUUCUUUGGCUGGGGUGGUGAGAAGACGACCUUGAACCAGAUCAACUGCUCCAUCCCAGCCCACAAGCUCACCAUCGUGGUUGGUGAAGUCGCCUCGGGAAAGACGACAUUUUGCAAAGCUCUACUAGGAGAAGUUCCCGUCUCAUCUGGAACCAUUGGAACCUUCUUCCCCUCGUCUCGAAUUGGAUACUGCGAACAAAACCCAUUCCUCUACAACGCCACCUUCAAGGAGAAUAUCAUCGGCCAUUGCGCGUUUGACCAGAAGAAAUACGACGAGAUCAUUGAGGCUACUAUGCUCAGUGUCGAUGUUGCUCUCUUGCCAGAGGGUCAUAAUACCAAGAUCGGGAGCAACGGCAUCAUGCUCAGUGGUGGUCAGAAACAACGUGUCUCUGUUGCCCGCGCUCUGUACUCUGAGGCCGAUGUUAUGAUCUUUGACGAUGUACUGAGUGGUCUUGAUAACGAUACAGAAACCGAGCUGUUUCGUCGUGUCUAUGGACCAGGCGGUAUUACUCGCCGAAGAAACGUCACAGUUGUGAUUUGCACGCAUUCAGUUAGACAUCUGCCUACCGCUGACCACAUCAUCGCUCUCGGUUCCGGAGGCACUGUCAUCGAACAGGGUACAUUCUCCGAGUUGAUGGAAAACAACAAAUACGUCCACAGUCUCGGGGUCAAGCACGGAGGCACCGAUACCCCAUCAACCGUAGAGAGCGUCAAAGAGCAAGCCGACACUGUCACCGUACCCCCUUCGAAAGCUAUCAAGACCGAGCUAGACGACAAGUCGAGACAGCAAGGCGACUGGUCCAUCUACACACACUACUUCAAGAGUGUUGGGUUCCCGGCGGCUUUCACAGUCAUCUUUGCGGGCAUCAUUUCUGGCACUGAACUCCACAAACGCGCCAUCACGACGGUCGUAGCAGCACCAUUGAGGUUCUUCACCACCACCGACUCUGGCAUUGUGACGAACUUGUUUUCGCAGGACAUGACUCUUCUAGACAAUGACUUGCCUCUGGCUCUCACAAACUUUACGCUUGAUAUGGCUGAUUCAAUGGGUAUGGCGGCAGUCAUUGCGUCUGCGUCGCCGUAUCUCGCAGUGGGAUAUCCUUUUCUGUUCAUCAUUCUGUAUUUUGUGCAGAAAUUUUACCUGCGAACUUCACGACAGGUUCGACUUUUGGAUCUCGAGGCCAAGAGCCCGCUAUACACGCACUUUACAGACACCAUCAAGGGUGUCGCUACCAUCCGAGCCUUUGGCUGGCAAGACCUCGAUAUUUCCCACAACCACCAUCUCCUCGAUACAUCUCAGAGACCCGCUUACCUGCUCGGCGCGAUCCAACAGUGGCUCAUUUCUACCCUUCACCUCGUUGUCACGGGCCUCGCCGUCCUCCUCAUCGCACUGUCGACUCAAAUGCGAAGCAAUGCAGGAAUCACAGGUGCUAGUCUCGUUUCUCUGCUUUCAUUUAGUGACUCGGUCACAAACUUGAUUCGAAGCUACACUCUUCUCGAGACGUCACUUGGAGCAGUGGCUAGACUUCGGUCGUUUAGCGAAAAUGUGAAGCCAGAGGAUCAGCCUGGAGAAGAUGUUGAGCCACCUGAGAGCUGGCCUCAAAGUGGAAACAUUGAGAUCAACGACGUUUCAGCCUCGUACGAGCCCGAGUCUCUGAACGAAGACAGUGUUGUUAUUGGGUCACCGGCCAAGCUUGCCUUGAGAAACCUUAAGCUGAGCAUCACUCCGGGGCAGAAAGUUGCCAUUUGCGGCCGAACAGGAAGUGGGAAGUCAACGAUGAUUCUUCUCUUGCUCCGACUUCUCGAUCCUCUCCAGUCUUGCUCGAGAAACAUGGAGAUUGACGGUCUCCCCCUACACCAGAUCGACCGAUCAACUCUCCGAAAGCGUAUCAUGGCGAUCCCUCAGGAUGCUGUUUUCCUCCCCGACGGCAGCUCCAUCAAGGCCAACAUCGACCCUCUAAAUGGAGCCACAGAGUCCGAAUGCGCCCAAGUUCUCGAUGCGGUGCGCCUCUCGGGCUUCAUCGGAGACCGCGGCGGUCUCAACGCUGGUAUGAGCGCCGACGAUCUAAGCGCAGGCCAGAAGCAGCUCUUCAGUCUCGGCCGGGCAAUCCUUCGACGCCGCGUAAGAGACAGACUCGCAGGAAGUGAAAAGAGAGGCGGUCUACUCCUCUUGGACGAAGUGAGCAGCAGCGUCGACAAGGCGACAGACAGGGCGAUGCAGGAGAUUAUCCGUGAUGAGUUUGAGAGCUACACCAUCGUCAUGGUUUCUCACCGGCUGGAGAUGGUCAUGGACUUUUUCGAUAGGGUUAUCGUACUUGAUAAGGGCACUGUGGUGGAAUCGGGUGGCCCGAGAGAAUUGGUUGAUACACCUGGAAGUCGUUUUGGUGAGCUCUGGGGGAUUGAGCAUGACGAUGCUGGAAGCAGUCAGCAAUAGUU